AUAAAGCUAGUCAACAUAUUCUGGUCGUGCAAGACUUGUGGGUUUCAACUAUUUAAAGAAUUGCCUUUGUUGUUAACAGGGAUUUUAUUAUGCGGGUUGUUUGACGGGAAGAUUUGUGAGAAAGUUUUAAAUUGGUUUGUGUUUGGCACAAUUAAGCUUCUUGUGAGCUGGCUAGUAAAUGAAAGUGUUGUUGAUUAACUAGCUGGUUUUUCUGCAUUUGUUUUCUCGUAAUGUGUGUGAAUUAUGAAAGCACCUGGUGCCACUGGUCGUGUGUGAUCUAGUGUUUAGUGUAUCUUAUGUCCAAGUCACAAAAGGAGGAAGAGAAGGCUGCCAAUGUGAGCAUCCAUCAAAACCUGUUGCAACAGGUUGUCUUGCUUAUUCUCUCAUCUCUCAUCUCAUUCCAGUCUUUAGUUGGACGAGUGCCACACACACACGCACACACAAGCACACUGACACACACACACAUUCACACUCUGGCAUGACGAUAAUGUUACAAGCAGUCAAAUCCAAAACUGGCCCUUCAACUGAUUGACUGCACAUUUUGACAAUUUGCACACUGACGAGCACAUCUUCAAGAUAUGGAGCCAGGAUGUGUUGAGACCUAAGAGGGAUUCCGAAGGUGUAAAGCCACAAAGAAGCCAUUGACACAUUUUAAAUUAAGGAAUAACGUCUUGGUACAGAAUGUCAGUCACUCCAUCGUUUUCACCCAGCAAGGAUGAGUCUAAACCUUCGACUCCCCAGGCCAAACCUCUCACCUCACACGAGCACCUUGAGCGGGUGGCAGAAUCACAGACAACACAUUGCAGUGAUGUCUGCUUUAGCCAGCAAGCCAGAGCACCCCUCACCUUAAGGCACGCACCUGUGACCAGGAAGCACAACGCAGAAGGGACGGGACGGCAGGGCCUCAUCGACGCAUCUCGCUUCCACCCUUACCUGCGACAACUCAGCGAGGAUUCAGUCGAAAAUACAAUUUGUCUUCACCCUGGCUCGUCUCCCUUCGGCAGCCUGCAGCAGUUCUGCAGCCCUCAAAUGUGCUCUGUCACAUCUGGAUCAAACAGCGAGGUGCAAACACUGUGGGAACAAUCCACCUACAAUGGUCAGUGUUCCUACCCUGACCUACCAGCCGUGCCAGCUGAGACUCCUUGUUCCCAUUCUCAGUGCUAUAUAUCGUAUAAUUCCGCCAGCCCGCUGCAAGAGGUCGCGACAAGGCCAUACGCUACUGAGGAGCAUUCCUGCAAGCCAAGUUAUUCUCACCAUAGUCGCUCGUCUCAAAUUCAUCAGAGAAACAACUUGCAGCCCCUCUUCCCCAAACCAAUUUACUCAUACAGCAUUCUCAUCUUCAUGGCUCUGAAAAAUAGUGAAACGGGAAGUCUCCCAGUCAGUCAGAUCUAUAGCUUCAUGACUGAAAACUUCCCCUACUUUAAGACAGCCCCCGAUGGAUGGAAGAACUCAGUGCGCCACAACCUUUCUCUAAACAAAAGCUUUGAGAAGCUGGAGGGCAAAAAAGGGAAUUCCUCUCGGAAAGGUUGUCUGUGGGCUCUCAAUCCUGCCAAAGUGGAGAAAAUGCAGGAGGAGUUGUACAAGUGGCGCCGCAAAGACCCCGUCAGUGUUCGCAGGAGCAUGGCGAGACCAGAAGACCUAGACCAUCUUCUUGGACAGAUGCCCAAGACGCUCCUCCGAUCAAAGCCACCAUACACAAGACCUGCCGGCAUUUAUGGGCCCAUGCCAACGUCCUCUAGCCCAACACAUGGCCAACCCAGCAGAGCUCGUCGACGUCCACAGUAUUCAUGUCCUCCUCCGCCCUCACAGCAGCCCUCUUUCCUCACCGACACCCAUUUUAGCGACUCAUUGGCGCUGUGCUCCCCAUGUGAUCAGCAGCACACAACUGACGUCCAUCCCGAGAGCAUGAACUUAAUCGCGACUAUGAAGCUGCCACCCGCCUACAGCAUCACCCACCAGAACGAAUUUAAUGUUGGUCUAAGGAGUCUGCAGGACUUGCAAUUAGAGGGAAAUACUUAUGAUGUGGAUGUACUUAACCCCAGCCUGACUGAUCUGCAGUUGAAAGGUGGCCUGUGGGAAGAGUUGCAAGAAGACAGCCUGGUGUCACAUCCACAAAGUGCCCCCACGACCGUGACCAUCACCUCUGGUUUACAGGCAUCCUGUAUCCAUCCCAGCUACGGAGACACCAUGAUGCUGCCUGUCAGUGAGAUCUCACCGUUGGCCCGGCAUAAAAUAGAGUUUGAUGACACAUCGAGCGAACAGAGCUUGAAGCAACACGCGUGUUCUAGCGGCUGGCAUCCCGACGUUUAUUCAGCUGACAAUUUGCCGCUAUAUUUGACCUGUUGCACCACAUCCUUAGUGUGAACAGGCAAUGUAACCGUCAACUGUCAACCCCUUCUUAACCGACAGAUCCUUGACACGUUUUUCGAAUGAGCGUUACGGUAGCAGGCGGCUUCACCAUUGGAUCUGUGACCCAGGAAGUCCUCAAAUGCUUGUUUUUUCAAAUGUGUUCACCUCUCUACUCAGUGAGAAUAGAGAAGACCUCUCAUGGCUUGUGUGACCAUACAUUUCCAUGUCAAUUCAAAACCAGCACAAGUUAUUUGGGGGAAAUGGUGAAUUUGAGCAAGGUGAGAAAACAACAAUGUUUCCUGUACAAAUUUGAACCGCAGAUUAUAUAAAUUGAUGGUGGUCUUAAAUCACAGUGCACUCUGUGAAUAUGACUUAUUUUUACAUGACGUCAUCAAAUUGAUGACGUUAUUUUAAAUCAAACUUUCAUAGUUUACCCAUUGCAAUGCUUAAAUUCAAAAUGUUAAGUACAAUAUACGAAACUGUAAAUUUG